AUCCAGUGGGAUAGCCCGCCAAAUAUUUUGGAGCAAAGCCCUAUGGAUAUGGCCAGCACUUCCUCCAGCGUCGCCAGCUGCGCCAUCGUCAGGGCGAGGAUCGUGUCCAGGAUCGCCAUCGCCAGGAGCCGUGCCGUGCUGAGAUGUGAGCGAUGCAAAUCCAGGGCCCUCGGGCUCCAGGUAUCCUCUAGUUUCUUCUCCACUCGUCGCGAUUCGACUGGCUAUGGAAGGAGGAGAAGGACAAUGCGAGGGCUCGCCGCAUUGGACAAAGAGGAAGGAUCCUCCCCUUCCAGUGUAGUAGAGAUUGAGGGGAAUGAAUCAGAUGGAAUAGAAGAAUCGGCUGGAGAGACUGUGGCGAGAGAUCUUACUCCAGAAGAAGAGGAGGAUCAAGAGUGCCUCGAUCAGAUCCUCAGAAUACUGGAGCUUCUAAGGAUCAACAGAGACAUGACUCCCAACGAGGUCAGGCUCAUUGUUAUGAUAGAAGAUCCUCGUGAGGCGGAAACUGCUGGAGUGCUCACCGAGGAUGGUGAAUGGACGAGCUACCGAGAUGAAAUGGGAAACGCUUUGACAGACAUCAGCGAAGGUAGAAUUCCAGACGAUCGAGAACUCCUGCGAGCGCUAAGGAACGAGCUACUCAGCUGGCCCAACCUUGAAGAAAUGGCUGACAAAAGAGAUCCUCGUCAAUCAUCUUACGCUCAAAUCACGGAUACCGGAGUUGAUCCAGUUUUCGCCGGCAAGCGUGCCAAGGUUGACGCCAAGGUGGACGCCAAGGUGGACGCCAAGGUGGACGCCGAUCCGCUCAAGUCGACACCGGGUGGGGGCUGGGACGAGGCGGCGGAGAUUAUACCCGGCAAGGAGAAAGACAUGUCUGAGAAGUUGCCUCCAGCAUUUGGAUACAGCCUGCUUUACUUAGUGAGCUUGUUGCCGAUACUCAUAGGUGUCGCUGUGGUUGCAAUCCUUUUCUUCAACUCUUUUCAGUGAUUUGCGCCACAGAACUUACCGUGAGGACGAUUUUCUUCUAGCUUAUUCGAGCCCAUAAAUAAGCCUGCUGCGAGCUGAUGCCAUUUAA